AUGGAGAGGAUGAGGAGGAAGAACGAGGCUCUGGAGGCGGAGCUGCUGCGGAGCCCGGAGAGGGAGGAGGCGGCGCGGAGGGACCUCGUGGUGGCGCGAGAGCGCCUGCGGAUGUCCGAGGAGGCCGAGGAGCGGCUGUGUGCACAGCUGGGUGAGGUGGAGGCCGAGGCUCUGGCGCAGGCCAGGGAGUACCUCGUCCGGAUACAGUCCCUCAUGAAGCGGCUCUCCUCCCACCCGCCGCAGCCGCGACAGGGCGCUGCCCCGGGCGGUGCUGCGGCACUGGCGCCGGGAGUGCGGCCGUCUGUGGCCCUCGAGAGGGCAGAAAUCGUCUGA